AUGUCGGACAAUCUACCACAAGAAGUGGUGUUUGAUAUCUUGGCAAGCCUACCGGUCAAGUCCCUAUUACAAAUGAGGUGUGUAUGCAAAUCAUGGAACUCUCUAAUCAAUAGUCCCAAUUUCAUCACAUCACACACAAACCAAACUCUUGCAAACAACAACAAUGAAUUAGUACUACUUAGGCACCACACUGAUGGCAAAGAUCAGUUCACAGUGCAUUGCAAUAACAACAUAUUCAAUGAGUGUACAACAUUUGAUUGCCCAUUUACAAACUGGACAAAGUAUUAUUUGAGGGUAGUGGGUUCGUGUGGGUUAGUGUGCUUGUCGUCUCAUGAUCAAACUACGAUUUUAUGGAACCCAUCAAUCAAGAGAUGUUUGAAUCUUCCAACGCCUCGCAUUACAUAUAAGUCUCACGGUUCUUAUACGUUUAUCCUUGGAUUCGGACUUGAUCCCUUGGCUAACGAUUUUAAGGUGGUGAGACUUAUAUAUUUUCACAAGAACUUUGGUUACAGGCUUCCGGAAAUAAGGCGCUAUUUGAUACUGUCAUUCAACAUCAGUACUGAAGUGUUUCAUGAGAUAAAGCUCCCGGAUUGUGCUGCUAAUGUGUUCAGACUAAUUGCAUCGGUUGCAGUGUAUGAGGAAUCGAUUUGUUUGUUCCAUUAUGAUAGGGAUUGGGGGUAUCCAAGUAAGAAUUGUGAUAUAUGGGUGAUGAAAGAGUAUGGUGCGGUUGAGUCUUGGACUAAAUUCUUCACAAUUGAUUUUGGUAUAAGCAAAGCUGUAGGUUUUAGGAAGAAUGGUGAAUUUUUGGCAAAAGAUAGAGAGGGGAAGUUGGUUACAUAUGAUUUCAAGACGAGGCAAAUAGUGUAUCUUGGAAUCCAUGGGUUGAAACAAUCGUUUCAUUUGGAGAAUUACAUGGAAAGCCUAGUUUUACUUAUAGAAGGAAAUGAAGUUUUAGAGGAGAAGGCAAAAUCUUAUAAUGCCCUUGACAAAGGUAUAGAAGAAACGUCGGAAUUGGGGAGCAGCAUUAAUCAACAAGGAAGUGGGUCACGCGGUAGGUUCUUUUGUUGUGCAAUGCCUGGCUCUCUCACAAAAACUGGACUUCCUCGACCCUCUUACAGAAACUUGAUUGAUCGUCCACUUCAAUUGGAAAGAAGCCUAUCCCAAUCAACAAUGCUAGAGGAAGCCGAGAAUAAUAGGAAGUUGUAA